GCCGCGCGCCCCGCCCAGGCCCGUCUCCCGGCCGCGCGCCUCUCCCCCUCCGCGGCGCUGGCUCUCUGUCAGUCGCUGUCCCUCUUCCCCGUCGCCCGCCGUCCGGCUUCGUCUCGCGUCUGAGCGCACGCACCUGCCGGGCCCGCGUCCUCUUCCUCCUCCCCUGUCCGCCCCCUCCCGCCUUCCCCUCCUCGGGCCCGAAGGCUCUGCCGGGUCGCGGGCGCCUCCGCGGCUGCGUCACCGCCGCCCCCCAGACAAGAUGGACACCGCCGAGGAAGAUAUAUGUCGAGUGUGUCGGUCAGAAGGAACACCCGAGAAACCUCUUUAUCAUCCUUGUGUAUGUACUGGCAGUAUUAAAUUUAUUCAUCAAGAAUGCUUAGUUCAAUGGUUGAAACACAGUCGAAAAGAAUACUGUGAAUUAUGCAAGCACAGAUUUGCUUUCACACCAAUUUAUUCUCCAGAUAUGCCAUCACGGCUACCAAUCCAAGACAUAUUUGCUGGACUGGUUACAAGUAUCGGCACUGCAAUACGAUACUGGUUUCAUUAUACACUUGUGGCCUUUGCAUGGUUGGGAGUUGUUCCUCUUACAGCAUGCCGCAUCUACAAGUGCUUGUUUACUGGCUCCGUGAGCUCACUACUGACACUGCCGCUAGACAUGCUGUCAACGGAAAAUUUGUUGGCGGAUUGCUUGCAGGGAUGUUUUGUGGUGACAUGCACACUUUGUGCAUUCAUCAGCCUGGUGUGGUUACGAGAGCAGAUAGUCCAUGGGGGCGCACCAAUUUGGCUGGAGCAUGCUGCUCCACCCUUCAAUGCUGCUGGACACCACCAAAAUGAGGCUCCUGUAGGAGGAAAUGGUGCUGAAAAUGCUGCUGCUGAUCAGCCAGCUAACCCAGCAGGAGAGAAUGCGGUGCUGGGUGAGAACCCUGAUGCCCAGGAUGGUCAAGCAGAAGAGGAAGAGGAGGACAAUGAGGAGGAAGAUGAUGCGGGUGUGGAAGAUGCUGCUGAUGCCAACAAUGGAGCCCAAGAUGACAUGAACUGGAAUGCUCUGGAGUGGGACCGGGCUGCAGAAGAGCUUACUUGGGAAAGAAUGCUUGGACUUGAUGGAUCACUAGUUUUUCUGGAGCACGUGUUCUGGGUGGUGUCUUUAAACACAUUGUUCAUUCUUGUCUUUGCAUUUUGUCCUUACCACAUCGGUCAUUUCUCCCUUGUUGGUUUGGGAUUUGAGGAACAUGUCCAAGCAUCUCAUUUUGAAGGUCUAAUCACGACGAUUGUUGGAUAUAUACUUUUAGCAAUAACACUGAUAAUUUGUCAUGCUUUGGCAACUCUUGUCAAGUUUCAUAGGUCUCGACGCUUGCUGGGAGUCUGCUAUAUUGUGGUUAAGGUUUCUUUGUUAGUUGUGGUAGAAAUUGGAGUCUUCCCUCUCAUUUGUGGCUGGUGGCUGGAUAUUUGUUCUCUGGAAAUGUUUGAUGCUACUCUGAAAGACAGAGAACUGAGCUUUCAGUCGGCUCCAGGAACUACGAUGUUUCUGCAUUGGCUGGUGGGAAUGGUGUAUGUGUUCUACUUUGCCUCCUUCAUUCUGUUACUAAGAGAGGUACUUCGACCUGGUGUCUUAUGGUUUCUGAGGAAUUUGAAUGAUCCAGAUUUUAAUCCAGUACAGGAAAUGAUCCACUUGCCCAUUUACAGGCAUCUCCGAAGAUUUAUCUUGUCAGUGAUUGUCUUUGGCUCCAUUGUGCUUCUGAUGCUCUGGCUUCCUAUACGUAUUAUUAAGAGUCUCUUGCCUAAUUUUCUUCCCUACAAUGUCAUGCUCUACAGUGAUGCUCCGGUGAGUGAGCUGUCCCUUGAGCUGCUCCUGCUGCAGGUCGUCUUGCCAGCGCUGCUGGAGCAGGGACACACGAGGCAGUGGCUGAAGGGGCUUGUGCGUGCAUGGACCGUUACUGCGGGAUACUUGCUGGACCUACAUUCCUACUUACUGGGAGACCAGGAAGAAAACGAGAACAGUGCAAAUCAGCAGGUCAACAAUAACCAGCCUGCUCGAAACAACAAUGCUAUUCCACCUGGGGAGGGUCUGCAUGCUGCCCACCAAGCCAUACUCCAGCAGGGAGGACCUGUUGGCUUUCAGCCUUACCGACGGCCUUUCAAUUUCCCACUCAGGAUAUUUCUUCUGAUUGUCUUCAUGUGCAUAACACUACUAAUUGCCAGCCUCAUUUGCCUUACUUUACCAGCCUUUCUAUUUUCAGUAUUUGCUGGUCGUUGGUUAAUGUCAUUUUGGACGGGGACUGCCAAAAUCCAUGAGCUGUACACGGCUGCUUGUGGUCUCUAUGUAUGUUGGCUGACCAUAAGGGCAGUGACGGUGCUGGUAGCCUGGAUGCCCCAGGGACGCAGAGUGAUUUUCCAGAAGGUUAAGGAGUGGUCCCUCAUGAUAAUGAAGACUCUGAUAGUUGCUGUGCUGCUGGCUGGGGUCGUCCCACUGCUCCUGGGGCUCCUGUUUGAGCUGGUUAUUGUUGCUCCUCUGAGGGUCCCUCUUGAUCAGACUCCCCUUUUCUACCCUUGGCAGGAUUGGGCACUGGGAGUGCUACAUGCCAAAAUUAUCGCAGCUAUAACUCUGAUGGGUCCUCAGUGGUGGCUGAAAACGGUCAUUGAACAGGUUUAUGCAAAUGGCAUUCGGAACAUCGACCUUCAUUAUAUCAUUCGUAAGCUGGCAGCUCCAGUGAUCUCUGUGCUCUUACUUUCCCUGUGUGUACCAUAUGUCAUAGCUUCUGGUGUGGUUCCUCUCCUAGGUGUUACUGCGGAAAUGCAGAACUUAGUCCACCGGCGGAUUUACCCGUUUUUACUGAUGGUCGUUGUUUUGAUGGGGAUCCUAUCCUUCCAGGUCCGCCAGUUUAAGCGCCUUUAUGAACACAUUAAAAAUGACAAGUACCUUGUGGGGCAGCGCCUGGUAAACUAUGAACGCAAAUCUGGCAAGCAAGGCCCAUCCACGCCACCUCCACAGUCGUCCCAGGAAUAAAGUGCUUAUCUCAGCUCCUUGACCUUCUCCUUGCCUUCCCAUGUCCUUUUUUGUGGACUUCUCACUUUGGAGAUUCUCCCCAUGAUCUCUCAGCAUUGUUUUUAAGUUAAACGUACUUGACUUGUGUCCUCAGCAUUCAGAGAGCGGCGCAUCUGGCACUGCUGCUCCUCCCUGCAUCUGCGACAUCACUGCUGUCUGAGAUCUGUACAUGUGUAAAUAGGAGUUCCUCGAUGCCCUAAACCUUGGAUUAAACAGAAUGUGCAUUGUACAUCUUUAACAAAUGUAUAUUAAUUUAUUAAAUCUAGUUGUCACUUUAUUUUGGACCUGCUGUGAUGGACAGGAAAAUGUGCCACAGAGCAGUAGUGCAUAGGCGAGACUGAGUGACAUCCCGUGGAGCACAAUUCACGGUGUUGCCAGCAAUUCUCACCAGGUCACUGCGUCCUGGCCUUGGCUGGUCAGUCCUUACCAGGAGCUGCAUAGCGGUGGAGUCUGGUAAGGGGCAUGGACAGAGUGCCUCGCAGACAGCCGUGUGUGGAAGUUAUUCCCUGUAACACCAAAGCUGUUGUACGUUUUCAUGUGUCUGUGUUUGUAAUAUUGUAUAGUAUGUUGUGCUAGAUGAGGAAAUUAUUUUUAAUUUUGAUAAUUUACUAUUCCUAAUGAUUAGCAUUGGGAGUUGGGGUUUUGUGCUUCUUAGGGGCAUGUUUGUACUUAGAAAGAUAAACUAUCAGUGAAGAUUUUCAUUAGUUUCUUCCCCUUCAUACAGCUCUUUCUUUCUGUCAGCAGUGGCCAAAAGUGUCAUGCCAGGUGAGCAGUCUUAGGGGAUACCAUCAUACAAACAGCAUGCAUGUGAGGCAUUGUGACGGGCCGGCGCUCACGUUGGCCGUGUUGUGGGACUUGGAACACCCACCAUGGUGCUGGUGUGCUGCCGCCGAGGAAAUCUGUUUUCAAAGCCGUUUGUUUGUGGUAAACUGCAAAUAAAACUAUGUUUUAUUUGUGGAAAGGAAGCAGGCUGAGCUGGUAUUUUCCCAUAAGAAGGAUCGCAUUGGAGACGUGCUGUGAAUCGUAGAGAAGAGAAUGCUCAACCUAGCUCCCCUAGCCAAAGCCCACAUUUGAAGUUUAAAAGAAUAGGAUGGUUGGUCCGCCAUCCAAGUGUUUAAUGGUGAAGGUGUACUGUAAGGGUAGUGGUAGGAGCUUUCCUAGGCUGUAAAGGAAUUCCACAGAGUAUUAAAACCCGCAGGUGGAGUUUUUUGUUUUCCCCCCUCUCUUUUUAAGUACAAAAGCCAAACAUAAGCUACCAAAAUUAAGAGCAAUGUGUUCAGCUUUUGUUGUUUUUUUAUUCACCAAGUGAUAAGCAAGUACUUUGUUUUUAAAACGCAGUAUAUUUAAAAUAAGAUCAGUGCUCGUCAUGGGAUCCAGUGUUAACACUGUCUGUCACUUUGUAACAGUUCUUUCUCUGGUGCAUAAAGUAGGGUCCCUCUAGCAAACCCACCUUUACUUACAGACUCAGUCCUGCUAUAAAGAAUUAGCAUUUUAUGAUGUGCUGCCACCUGUCAUGGGAUAGGACUAUAAAACUGAAUCUUUUGGGGAGAAAGAUGUCACCGAAUUGGGCAUAUAAUAUUAUUUAUGUUUCAUUUUUAUUUUUUAAAGAAUGUAUGGAGCUAUCAAAAAAAAGUUAAAAAUUAUUAAUCCUCCAAAAUUUUAAGUGAACCUUGUUUUGCUGAAAAACAAACACAAGCAGUAUAGGUUACCAACAUUUGCCCCAAUAUUACUGGCAGGAGACUCUGCCCUCUUACUGAGGAAUUCCUCCAAGGUUUUCAGUUGUGUUGUGUCCUGUGGCGUUCAGUUAAAUAUAUUCUCAAGGAUUUAUCGUGAAUAACGUUUGCUAGGGUGGCAUGCAUAUAUACAAACAUUAAAACCCUCAGUUCAGAAACUGUGUUUCUAUUUGCUGCCUGUUUUUACAGGGAAUUUAAAGAGUUCUGCUUCAUUUUUAAUUGGGCUAAUCCAGUCUUCAAGGAAGUUUACUAGAAAAGACCUUUGUGCUUUAUUAUUUGUAAUUUGAAGACAAAUCACCAAUUGGGAUUAGUUUUACAUGACCAGUUAUUAGAUGGUCAGUUUGAAAUAUGUAGUUGUUCAUUAUUAGCAAAUUAUGGGUUGAUUUUUAAAUGACAAGGUACUAAUAGUUUAGGUGAAAGCAGAAGAAAAUGCCAAUGUAAACUUUGUAUGUAGCCAACCUUAAAGUUCUGUGUGUAUGGUUGUGGCCCCCCCCUCCGACUCCCAUGCUCUAGGGGAAAGAAGGAGAUAGGACAUCUCUACUCCAGAUGCGAACAAGUAAUCUUUAUUUCAACAUUUAGUUUGAUUAGUACUACUAUGAAAUCUUCAAUUGUCCAUCUCCUCACAUAAGUAACUUUCCUCUGAUGAGUUUAUCUAGUAGUCAAAGUCUAUUCUUAAAUUUAGGUUGGGCUGAUGAAUUUUUAAGACAAACACAAAAGAUGCAUUUGGCUGCUUCUAUACUGUUGUGUUUGCAGACACAGGAGCUGGUGCCCUUAUGCAAGAACUCUGGCCCUUGUCACGGUGCUGCAAAGUAGCUUCUUCCUUUCCUCUCCAGGAUGGAGAGUAUUAGGCUAGUUCCUGGGAUGCCUCACUUACAUUGUGACGUUCAAAGUUCUUGUCUAAAACAGUCCUAGAAUCUUAACAGUUCAGUCAUUAUCAAGGGAAAAGAUGAAAACAAAGUACCACUGAAGUAUUGUGAAGACCUCAUUUAUGACGGGGCUGGAGCUGCCCCAUCCACACUGUUUGCCCUGUCAGUCGGAUGUUUUGUUUUGUUUUCAGCGUAUUGCUGUGUCAAAUCUUCAAACAAACAGCUGUCAUGAGUAAGGGCUUCUUUCAAAUACUCUCCAACAAUAGCUUUGGCAUUAGUUUAAAGAUAGGCAGUAUACAAGAUAUGUGUGUUUCCAUUCCUGUUUGUUUGUAUGAGUGCCUCAUUUUGUAAUCAUGACAGUCCCUUGUACCUUAGAUGGAAAUGAACGGCUAAGACCUAGGAGUGUCUGUUGUAGGCGUGAGAUAGAACACUCAGUGAUGUGGGAUGUCAGUUUUCUAUUACCGCAAACACCUCUUCCCAGACCAAUUUUAUGUAUAUAUAUACAAAAAUGCUCCCUUUUUUAUGUGGUCAUUUGUUGCCUCUGAGUUAAAGAGAACAGAAUUGAAUAAAGUGAGUGUUAGUUGUA